GCGGUGGCCGGAAAGGGAUGAAGUCAACUCUUAAUUAUAAGAAGCAAUCAUAACGUACAUGCACUGAACAGGCUCUUCUCCCUCCCCCUCCCCGUCCCCCUCCCUCCUUUCUAUUGAACCAUGGCUUUCUGUUCCUCUUUUUUGUCGCUGAAACUACCGUUUAUCAAACUCUUCCUCUUAUUAGCCACCGUCAGGGGCGGGGUUGGACAGUCCUACACAUCGGUCUUUAGCUUCGGAGACUCACUCGCCGACACCGGAAAUACAUUCUUCAUUAACAAGUCUUGCCAGUGUCUCUUCCCUCCGUACGGGGAGACAUACUUCCAACACCCCACAGGACGCUGUUCCGACGGCCUUCUAGUCAUAGACUUUAUCGCUGAAUCUCUUGGGCUGCCAUUCUUACAGCCAUAUCUUGGGAUUAACAACAGAAGUAAUGCUACAAGCAUUCAAGAGGGUGUGAAUUUUGCUGUUGUGGGAGCGACAGCAUUGGACGUAGCUUUUUUUGAGGAAAGGGGAAUUUAUAACGUAGCUACAAACUACUCUCUAAGAGUUCAGUUGGAUUGGUUCAAGCAAAUUCUGCCAUCUCUGUGCAACACAUCUUCAAAAUGCAACGACAUGUUUGAAAGAUCUGUAUUUGUGAUGGGAGAGAUUGGAGGCAAUGACUACAAUUAUCCAUUCUUUCUGCUAAGAAGCAUACAAGAGAUUCGGACAUUCGUUCCCCUAGUGAUUCAAGCAAUCGCUUCAGCCAUUAAGGAGUUGAUUGAUCUAGGGGCAGUGACUCUCAUGGUGCCCGGGAACCUACCAAUUGGAUGCUCUGCUGCCUACCUAACAUAUUAUGAGACCGCAGAUAAGGAAGAAUAUGACUCUGAAACUGGCUGUCUAACGUGGUUAAACAAGUUUUCAGAGUACCACAACGACCAGCUUCAGAAAGAACUAACUAGGAUUCAAGCACUGCAUCCUCGUACCAAUAUCAUCUACGCUGAUUAUUACAAUGCUGCAAUGCGUUUUUAUCGGUCUCCAACCCAAUUUGGGUUUAUUGGAGGAACGCAUACAGCAUGCUGCGGAGGGGGAGGCCCAUACAAUUAUAACGCAUCGGCGGAAUGCGGCAGUAAUCCGUUGGUGCGUGCUUGUGAUGACCCUUCACAGUAUGUUAGCUGGGAUGGUAUGCACUUAACAGAAGCGGCAUAUAGAUUGAUUGCCGAGGCCAUUAUACCACAAAAUGUGACUGCUGGAUAUUCCUAUUACUACACAAGUAAAUAAGCUAGCUAGCAAUAUUGGUUCAUUUGUGUAUUAAUAUUCCCUUGUAUGAUUUUGGCUUAUUUGGAUGACCUUCUUGGCAAACUAUGAUUUUUGAUUAUUGGACUGUUUCCAUUAAAGUUGUUUCAUUAA